UUCGUCAAGCUUACCAUUCUCUCUCUCUCUCUCUCUCUCUGUUCUGUCUUUCUAUCUUCUCACCAUGAAGAACAAACUGCAACAAGGGUCAGCAAUGUCAUCCCCAAAACUGCUCCUCAAUGCCCAAAUGCACGUCCACAGCCUCAUCUUCUAUUUUCUUCUCUUCUGCUCCGGCUUAGCCCUUGGCCUCACACUCAGUUUCUAUCUCAGAGAUUUCUCCUUCAACUUGCAUCUCAACCAACUCCUCAUACCAACCCUUAAAUCAUCAUCAUCAUUAUCACCACCACCAUUAUCAUCAUCGCCACCAUGCCCUCCAACUUUUCUUUCAUUCAAAACUACUGCAGCAAAGAUUAAUAAUAAUCACAGCCGAGUUGGGUUAACAGAGUUCUUGAAACCACCCCAUGUCAUGCACGAUAUGGAAGACGAAGAGUUACUGUGGAGAGCUUCAAUGGUUCCUAGAAUUCAUGAUUUCCCAUUCAAACGCACCCCAAAAGUUGCAUUCAUGUUUCUGACUAAAGGGCCUGUGCUGUUGGCUCCACUCUGGGAGAUGUUCUUCAAAGGGCAUGAAGGUCUGUAUUCUGUUUAUGUGCACCCAAAUCCAUCUUUCAAUGGAACAGUGCCCCAAAGUUCGGUUUUCCAUGGCCGGAGGAUCCCAAGCAAGGCCGUGAGAUGGGGGGAGUUUAACAUGGUGGAAGCGGAGCGCCGCCUGCUAGCGAAUGCGUUGCUUGACAUGUCGAACCAACGUUUCGUCCUCCUCUCGGAGUCGUGCAUUCCUUUGUUCAAUUUUUCUACGGUAUACAAUUAUCUAAUGGGCUCGAUGGAAAAUUUUGUGGAGGCCUAUGAUCUACCGAGCAAAGUGGGCCGAGGCCGAUAUAGUCCGAAAAUGAAGCCCACAAUUAAGCUUUCGCAAUGGAGGAAAGGGUCCCAGUGGUUCGAGAUGGACCGUGAGCUUGCCAUUGAAGUAAUUUCAGACAAAAGAUAUUUCCCAAUAUUUGAAAAACAUUGCAAGAACUCAUGUUAUUCGGAUGAGCACUACUUGCCAACAUUAGUUAGUAUCCAAUUUUGGAGGAGGAAUUCAAAUAGGACGUUGACUUGGGUUGACUGGUCAAAGGGUGGACCCCAUCCAUCUAGGUAUCUAAGAACAGAUGUCACCAUUGAUUUUUUGAAGAGGUUAAGGAGUGGUAGCCAAUGUAAGUACAAUGGAAAGAGCACAGAUAUUUGCUAUUUGUUUGCAAGGAAGUUCUCUCUCCAUGCUUUGGAUAGGUUGUUGAGGUUUGCUCCAAAGCUUAUGCAUUUCAAUUGAUAUCUUUGAUGUUGAACAUUCAUUCAAUAUA